GGUGACACAAGGGCAAAGUUUCAAGCUACAAAGAUUCUUUGGCUCCCAACAUUCACAGAAUCAUGAAAAAUGAUAUGGAAAAAGAUUCUGGCUGUAAGUUGUGACCUGAACAUAAACCCAAAUGUUAAAUGAUUGAGGAAAAGUAGGUGGGCAACUUUCUGAAAAAAUGAAUUGCUGAACUGAAAGUGAUGAAUGUCAGCCAUAUUGCUGCAGUUCAUCUGUUUCAGAUUUCUACAGCUUAAACAAGCAAGUGUCGUGACGGCCGGUCGGCGGGCAGACGCGAUGUCCGGGGGCGCGGCCGGCGCCGGCAGGCCCGGCCCCUCCAAAGGCAGGCGCACGCGCAGCCGGGGAAUGACCGGCGUGGCCAGCUCCUUCCAGAAACAGAGUGAAGACUUCCUCUGCCCGAUCUGCUUCGACGUCAUCGAGGAGGCGAUGAUGACACGCUGUGGGCACACGUUUUGUAACCGCUGCAUCGUGCAGAGCAUCCAGCUCAACGGCCGCUGUCCCAAGUGCAGCCGCGCACUGGACGAGGACAGCAUCUACCCCAACUUCCUGCUCAGCGAGCUGGUGACCAAGCACCGGCGCGCGCGGCGCACCCCAGCCCAGCUGAGUCGACUGGAGCCGGCCGAGCUGAAGGAGUACCUGGUCAGCGAGACGGCCGAGCUCGGUCUGCCUAACGUCAACCUGAUGCUCGAGCUGCUGCAGACGCGGCGGCGCGCGCUCGAGGCCGACUCGCAGCGCACGCAGAACGUGCUGCUGCGCGAGUUCCUGACCACGCUGCGCCGCCAGCGGGAGGAGAUGCUGCAGCAGCUGCAGCGCGAGCUGCAGGUGAUCGACACCGACCAGAAGCGCGUCGAGCAGGCGCUGGACGGCGAGCGGCGCGGCGCGGCCGGCGGCGGGGACGGCGCGGCCGCCGGAGACGCCGCCGGGGUGCCGUGCGUUCCCAGCAUGGAGGCGGAGCGCGGCGCGCUGCCGACCGAGUCCGUCUCACCCGACGUGGCCGGUCCGGUGGCCGUCUCGGAUGGCGAAGUGCCCGAGGGCUUUAACGUGGUGCGCGGCGCGGUGCCGCAGACUCCCGACUCGGACGCGCUGGCGCGGCGGCGACGCCAGGUACACAGUCACUUUGAUGACCUGGUCAAGUGUUAUUUCUCGCUGCGGCCGCGCGCGGUGCACCUCGGCGCGGGCGGGGAGGAGGGAGACGCCUGCCCGUUGGACUCAUUCAGUGACGCCCUGUCACGGCUGACGCGAUACAGCGGGAUGCGGCCGCUGGCGUCUCUCAACUACUCGUCUGACCUGGUGGCCGGUGCCAGCAUCGUCUCCAGCAUCGAGUUCGACAAGGAUAAGGAGAUGUUCGCCAUCGCCGGCGUCACCAAAAAGAUCAAGAUCUACGACUACGGGUUCGUGGUGCGGAACGCGAUCGACAUCCACUACCCGACGCUGGAGAUGGCCUGCACGUCCAAGAUCAGCUGCGUCGCGUGGAACGGCUACCACAAGUCGGUGCUGGCGAGCUCCGACUACGAGGGAGCCAUCACCAUCUGGGACACAGCCACCGGUCAGAAGCGGCACGUCUAUCAGGAGCACGAGAAGCGCUGCUGGAGCGUCGACUUCAACCUGGUGGACACCAACCUCAUCGCGUCUGGAAGCGACGACUUCACGGUCAAGCUGUGGGCGGCCAACGCCAGCCACUCGAUCCUGUCGCUGGAGGCGAAGGUGAACGUCUGCUGCGUCAAGUUCAACCCCUCGAGUCGCUUCCAGCUGGCGUUUGGCUCCGCCGACCACAAUGUGCACUACUACGACCUGCGCAACACCAAACAGCCGCUGCAGGUCUUCAAGGGGCAUCAGAAAGCUGUGUCGUAUGUGAAGUUUGUCAGCGAUACCGACCUGGUAUCGGCCUCAACUGACAGCCAGUUGAAACUGUGGAGCGUUACCUCGCCUACCUGUCUCCGCUCGUUCCACGGACAUGUCAACGAAAAGAACUUUGUCGGCCUGGCCACGGACGGUACGUACGUGGCGUGUGGCUCCGAAAACAACUCCCUGUACGUGUACUACAAGGGUCUGAGUCAGAGUGUGCUGUCGUACAAAUUCGAGCCGCCGCGCUCGCUGCUCGAGAAGGAGCGGGCUGACGACGGCAACCAGUUUGUGUCGGCUGUGUGCUGCAAGUCGGGCAGCAGUGUGCUGGUGGCGGCCAACAGUCAGGGCACCAUCAAGGUGCUGGAGCUGUACUGAGGGGCGAGUCCCGCGCGGCAGCUGCGGGACCGGCAGCUGCGAUAUUGUGAUCGACCGAUCACUGUGUGUUUGUACCUCGGCGAAUGAGUGCAAAUGUGGUGGACGGGGCUGGGAAAUGUUUUUAACAAAUAUAUACGUAUGUUUUUGCAGAAA